AUGAAUCUUGUACUACGUUUUCUUGAAAGAGCAACUGCAACCCACAAUAUCGACACCGACAUUGAAGUUGAUGCGCAGGCGCAGUUCGAAAGGGUACAACAACAAUUGAAAGAGGGUUUAGUAAAGGACGGCAAAACUCUGUACAAAGGUCAGGCAAUGUACGGUGCUAAGGAAGCGAAAGAUACAGCUAAGGGAAAUGCUAGUAGUGGACUCAAUAGGAUAGGUGCGUUUAUUUUAUAG